AUGUUGAUGGCCGAGAUGAUCGGCAGCCUCUUCGCGCUGGCGUUGCUCUCGCCUCGGCAGCCGCCAGCGCGCGAUGCGCGCGUCGCGUCGAUGAGCACCGCCUCCACCACGGCCAGGCCGGCCGUGCCUGCGUCGGCACCGCCGCGAGAGCUGGACAGCGAUCACCUCCAUCUGCUGCAAGCUACCCUCGACAGCAGCGGCGGCAAGGCAGCCGUGCAACGCGCGGCUUGCGCUGCCAUCACCGUCCUCGCCUUGCGCGUCGCCGAGGCGCUCGCCUCGUCUCUCACCGUCGUGCUCAUCCCAGCGCGCGACCUCGUUUCGCAGUCGCAUCGCGACUGGGAGCGCUGGCGGUCGGCUCCAGGCCCGCUCGACGGCUUGCGGUCGCUGGCAGUCUGCUCGUCAACGUCGGUGCCACGGGCGGUGCUGCCGCGCUCGACGGAUACUGACGCUAUUGCGACCUUCCUCCGAGAGACUGAGGGCGCGCCGCGCGUCAUCUUCUGCACCUACCACUCUGCGGAUCGCGUGGGCGCGGCGUUGCGGGAGGUUGGAGCUGCGGCCGACCUGCUGGUGUGUGACGAGGCGCACCGCUGCACGGGACGGACGAGCAAGCGGUUUGCGAGGCCGCUCUUUGACGAGUUUCUUCCCGCCCGCCGCCGCCUCUUCCUCACCGCCACGCCCAAGCUCAUCGGCGAGAAGCGCGACGCAGACGGAGCCCUCAUCCCGGCCGGAUCGAUGGACGACGAGAGCCUUUUUGGGCGGCAUGUUUACCGGCUAAGCUACGGCGAGGCGGUACGACUCGGGGUAGUGUCGCCGCUCAAGCUCGUCUUUCUGGACGUGGCCGACAGGUAUGCAGCGUGGGCGGCCGGUCGCGUGUCCGACUCUGACACGGACGACUCGGACUUGGUCGCGCUCUGCCUCGCCAUGCUCGACUGCCGCAGGAGCUACGGCGUCCGCACCGCCUUUGCCUUCUCCUCCUCCAACGCCCGCGCUGCUAGGCUCGAGCUAGUCGCGACGUCGGUCCUAGAGUCGGACGAGUUUGCCGUCGGCCGCGUCAACGGGUCGAUGCUGUCGGACGCGCGAGAGCGGCGGCUGGCGCCGCUGCGGCGGGCGGGCGAAGCCGAGGCACCGACUCAGCUCGUGACCAACUGCCGCGUGCUUGCGGAGGGCGUCGACUUGCCGUCGGUCGACCUCGUCGUGUUUGCCGACGCGAAGCAGAGCCACGUCGACAUCCUCCAGUGCAUGGGCCGCGCGUCGCGCGUCGCGCCGGGAAAAGCGUUCGGCUACAUUCUCGUGCCGGUCAGCGAGGAGGCGGCCGAUGGCGGGGCACAUGGCAGGGCGACGGCGGUUUUGAGGGCGUAUGCCGAGCAGGACGCGGAGUUCCGCGAAGCCCUCGCUGCGCUCGUCAGCGGCGAGGCGCACGCAGGGGGGCCGCUCGACUACUCGGAAUGGCCGGAGGCGCUGCGCAGCGUGCUGCUGCUGCCAGAUCGCGGCGACGUGCAGCGCGCGGCGGAGCGGACGGUUGCGACGGUGGCGCGGGAGCUCAUCGACCGCUGGGAGCGAAUGUUUGGGCUGCUGCAGGCAUUUCGAGAGCGAGAGGGGCUCGCCAAUGUGCCGAGGCGGCAUGAGGAGGAUGGGGAGCUGCUUGGCGCUUGGCUCCAGCGCCAGCGCAAGCUUCACAAACAUGGGCUGCUGCCGGGAAUGCGCGCUCAACGGCUAGAGGCGUUGGGCGUGGUGUGGGAUGUGCUGGCGGAGCAGUGGGAGCGUACGUUUGGGCUGCUGCAGGCGUUCCGGCAGCGAGAGGGGCACGCCAACGUGCCGAUGCGGCACGUGGAGGAGGGCGAGCAGCUUGGUGUCUGGCUGCAGACGCAGCGAAAGCGCUACCAGGCGCGAGGGUGGAGCGAAGCGGAGCGUAAGCGCAGGAGGGCCAGCGCAAUGAGUGACGAGGAGGUGGAGCGGCUUGAGGCGGUGGGCGUGGCCUGGGAUGUGCUGGCGGAGCAGUGGGAGCGCAUGUUUGGGCUGCUGCAGGCGUUCAAGCAGCGAGAGGGGCACGCCAACGUGCCAAGCGGGCAUGUGGAGGAUGGCGAGAAGCUUGGCCCUUGGCUGUCGACCCAGCGGAAGCGCUACAAGGCGCGAGGGCUGAGCGAGGCGGAGCGUAAACGCGGGAAGGCCAGCGCAAUGAGCGACGGGGAGGUGGAGCGGCUGGAGGCGUUGGGCGUGGUGUGGCAGCGCCGUGGCACACCCACAUAG